CUCCUCUCCUCCAGAGGGAGCCACCACCACCGCCGCCGAGGGCGCAGCGGCCUGCAGGCCCGGCUCCCCGCACACCGCCCGGCUCCCCGCACCCGCGGCCAUGUUGGCCGCCUGCGGGCCGCCAUUCCGCGCCGCGCUGCGCCGGGCGGCGCCCCCCGGCCUCGCCUCCUUCCACAGCUCCGCCCGGCGGCCCCGCGGCGCCCGCGUCGCCGUGGUCCUGUCUGGUUGUGGUGUCUACGAUGGCACAGAAAUCCAUGAGGCCUCAGCCAUACUGGUACACCUUAGUCGUGGGGGGGCUGAGGUUCAGAUGUAUGCUCCAGAUGUUCCUCAAAUGCAUGUUGUUGACCACAGUAAAGGGCAACCAGCUGAAGCUGAGUCAAGGAAUGUUUUAGUGGAAUCUGCAAGGAUUGCUCGUGGUAAAAUCACAAGCCUGGCUAAACUUACUACAGCAGACCAUGAUGCUGUGAUAUUCCCUGGUGGAUUUGGAGCUGCUAAGAACUUAUCUACCUUUGCCGUUGAUGGGAAAGAUUGCAAGGUGAAUAGAGAAGUUGAACGUGUCUUGAAAGACUUCCACAAAGCAGGCAAACCUAUUGGUCUUUGCUGCAUUUCACCAGUCUUGGCAGCAAAGGUUCUUUCUGGCACUGAAGUAACCGUGGGCCAUGAAGAAGAGGAAGGUGGCAAGUGGCCUUACGCUGGAACUGCGGGAGCCAUUAAAGAGCUGGGAGGAAAGCACUGCGUGAAAGAAGUGACUGAAGCUCAUGUGGAUACAGAAAACAAGGUGGUGACCACCCCAGCAUUUAUGUGUGAAACAGAAUUACAUAAUAUCUUCGACGGCAUUGGGGCCAUGGUAAAGAAUGUGUUAAAAUUAACUGGCAAAUAGAGUGACCGUUUUUAACACAAAAAA